AUGGUGAAUCAGAGCACAAUAGCACAAUUUAUUCUGAAGGGUUUCUCAGACAUCCCCAUUGUGAAUGCUGUAUGCACAGGUAUUUUCCUGAUUAUCUAUACCUUUGGGAUUCUGGGGAAUAUCUCUGUCAUCACAGUGAUUAUCAAAGAUGGUCACCUUCAUACACCCAUGUAUUUCUUCCUAAAGAAUUUGUCCUUCCUGGAUGUAUGCUAUGUAUCAGUCACCAUGCCUAAGGCCAUUGUCAAUACCAUCUUGGGUUCAGAGGAGAUUUCCUUCCUAGAGUGUGUUGUCCAGCUCUAUUUAUUUUUCACCCUGGCAGGCACUGAGUGCUUCUUGCUUACAGCCAUGGCCUAUGACCGUUGUAUGGCCAUCUACAGGCCCCUUCUUUAUGAAAUCACAACGAACAGAAAACUCUGCUGGGAGCUGGUUUCCACUUCCUGGAUUUGUGGGGCUUUCUAUGCAAUCUUCCAUGCUAUCAACACCUUCUCUCUCCCUUUCUGUGGUCCUAAUGUUAUAGAUCACUUUUUCUGUGAUAUUCCUACUGUCAUGAGGCUCUCCUGUGUUGACUAUCAUGCAAAUGAAGAAUGGAGUUUUAUCUACAGCAGCUGCAUUAUCUUGGGAGCUUUUGUUCUUACAAUAAUCUCUUACAUAUGCAUCAUUUCCACCAUUAUCAAGAUUCAGCAUGUGCAGGGCCGCUGGAAAGCUUUCUCCACUUGUUCUUGUCAUCUGACCACUAUUUUCCUAUUUUAUGGAACUGGAAGUUCUAUGUAUCUGAGACCCACCUCUGACUAUUCUCCUAUCCAAGGGCGCCUGGCUGCUAUGUUUUAUUCCGUCAUCACACCUACCUUGAAUCCUGUCAUUUAUUGUCUGAGGAACAAAGAAAUUAAAGUAUCUCUCAAGAAAGUGUUUAUCAAGUACAGAGAAAAAAAUGAAAAGAGAUUAUCUUAA